AACAUCUUGGAGCUCUUGACGCUGCCUUGCUGCUUCGAGGACUUGGAGACUGAUUACCGAACAAUAUUAUUCCUGUUAAUCUACUUUGAUUCUUCUCUGAGCACUUAAUCUUAUGAGUUCAACCGGAAGGUUGUGACUUGAAAAUACUGUAAUCCAGAAAUGAAGAAAUUUUGAGUCCUGGGCAAGGAGUGAGUAUAUGCUACUGCUCAUUUGAAGAGAAUUUGUAUUUACAUUUUGCCUACAAUUUCAGAAGACCUAAAAAUAGGUUUUGGGAUCUCAGAUCAUGCUACUCAAACUGAUACAAGUGAAAUAGGAGAUAUAAAAGAGUUUAUAGCAACAACAAGAACUUUAUUACAGCUCACAGACAUGCUCUAUGACGAUUUUGCUAUGUAUAAAAAUGUCCUUAAAGCACAGUAUGAGGAAAAAAUACAGGAACAAGCAACAAAGCUCUGGCUAGAAAUAAACGACAGGUUGAAAUACAUUGAGGACUUUUAUAAGCAGAAAGAAGUCAAAAUGCGAUAUAGCUACCAGCAACAAUUAUGCGAUGCACUUGCAGUUCUCAGAACAAACUAUGCAAAAUAUUUCUUAAUUGGAGAAGAAACUCCUGGAGAUGGUGAAGAGCCGAUAGCUGCAAAGAUACAGAGGUUGAGGAACAAGCUUGAGGAGCAGGCUGCUACAAUUGAAAGUUUAGAAGCAGCACUACAGGAAUAUAAACAAAGAGAUGCUGACAAGGUUCCACAUGAUCUAGAAAUUGAAAGAGAGUUGCUUCAGCAAGCAAACUGGGAGUUGAAAGGAGAAAUGGCUAGCCUGCUUGACAAGUUUACACGCCUUCAAGAAACUGUGAAACGCAGAGAGAGAGAACGUACUGGAUUAGAGACUGAAAUAAAACAUAUGCAGGACAAAAGAGAAAAAGAUAUGAAGACAAUUGAAAAGCUAAUGAAAACUCAAGAAAUACUAAAACUGGAACUUGACAGGGAAAAGCAGAGAGUCCUAGCUAAAGCUCUGGAAGUAAAAGAAGCACAAGAAGCUGCAAAAUUAGCAGAAGCCAAAGCUGCAGCUGUACCAAAGGUGCCAUCAGCCCAAGAACCAAAGGCAGAAAAGAAGGGAGCAAAAGGACCAAAAGCAGCAAAAGCCGCCGCCGCCAAAGAGGCAGCUGCAAAAGAAGCUGCCGCCAAGGAAUCUGCAGCAAUAGAAGCUGCAACUUUGAAACAAGCAGAAGAGAAAAAAGCAUUACAUGAAGAAAUAAAGAGGCUUAAAAAAGCUGAACGAGAAGCAAAGCUGCAUGCACAGAGACUUGAACAGGAAUUGCAACAAUCAGGUCGGUCUUGGCAAAUGAAGUUUGAAAUUCUAAAGAAAAGCCUGCAUGCCAUUAAGGAUGAGAUGUUUCUUAGACAAUCACUGCGUCACUCAGCAAAAUUUAGAAUCCCGUCACUAGCUGAUCGGACAGCUCCUCCUCUGCAUAUCCAGAGCUCUGCACACAAAAAUGCUUCAUUUACGAGCAGCUUGUAUAUGCAAUAUGCACCAUUGCCCAAAAUAGGUUCUCAGACAGAUUUAGACUCAAAUGAAGAAGAACUUGAUAUGGAUAAAAUUCCGGUUACGAUUGAAAUUCCCAGCGCUUAUGAGGGUGAUUCUAUGGAUGAGGAAGACUUUGAGCAAUUGCCUCCUCUGCCUUCAUCCCGUUCAUCUGUACCCUGAUAGUUGGGGCAGGGGCCACCUGUGGGGAGAAAGAGUGAGCGAGCAAAUAUCUACAGCAAACACCUGGUCUCAUGCAGAGGGUGUCCCUGCAUGGCUCUCCUGUCCAGGGAAGAUAAAUGCUUUCAGUUUUCCUACCAACUUCUAGGGGUGCUCUGUGCAAAACAGGCUGUAUAGGAAGCCAUCCUUCCUGAGUAAGCUUCCCAAUGACGGAGCGGCCCCCACAUUGCUUGUAAGUUUGUCUAUUCCCACCAGAGCUUAGGGUUCCUUUUUUUCUGUCUUAAACAACAGCCUUCAAUAAAGAGUUAACUUCAGCCACAUCUCUUUGAGUCAUUACAUGACACUGUCAUACGGAAAACGGGAUUAGACCAAGAUGAAGGUGUGAAAAUUGGAGAGAAAAAUAUCAAUAAUUUAAGAUAUGCAGAUGAUACCAUACUACU